CAUAACAUGAAGACAUGCAAACCAAUGAGAGUAACCUAGCUAGCUAAUAUUUAACAAUCAAAUCUUCAUUCAUUACUUUAAAUUUCUAAACCAUAAACAAAAAACCCCAUAAUUUGAUCAAAAUAAACCAAUAUUUGUACGUUUAUGGGCAAUCCAAAAUGCCUUCUCUUAAUCUUAGCCCUUGGUUUAUUUGCCUUAGGAAUGCUAACCGUUGAUGCAAAGGAUGUUAAAUCGUUGAGUAAACUCACACUAACUCGUCCGGUUUGUAGUGGGUCAAUGGCUGAGUGCCUAGCAGGGGACGAGUUGGACGAGCUCGAGUUCAUGUUUGACUCGGACACGAAUCGGCGUAUUUUAAAGUCUCAGUCAAACUAUAUCAGCUAUGGUGCGCUGAACAAGAAUAGAGUACCUUGCUCUAGGCGAGGUGCCUCCUAUUAUAAUUGCAAGCCAGGUGCACAAGCCAAUCCCUACACCCGCGGGUGUAGUAACAUUUCUCGUUGUAGAAGAGGUUAAAUUUCAAAUAUUACUCCUUGUAUAUUUUACUUUGUCUUAAAUUAUUUUAUAAUCACAAAAAUUUCAUAUAUAUUUAUUUUUUGUAAAUAUAUUGUACGUCUUUGAUAGAGUUGAGCUUUCAUCUUAAUCUUUUAUUGAGAUCUUAUAUGUAUUUUUGUGUUUGAAACUCAAAA